AUGUUGACGAAAUUGGCACUUUGGCUAGUGUUACUGACCUUUCCAGUAUCAAAAACGCACAAAUGUGUGGUAAAGUACGAAAGUGGAGUAGGUGUAGGAGUACUUAAGGAAACGUUCACAAAGCGACUGUACUGUGCAUACCUUGGAAUACCCUAUGCGCAGCCCCCGAUAGGAGAGCUACGAUUUGAGGACCCAGUUGCUUUCCACUUCAAUGGAUCUGCUGUGUUUGAUAAACUUUCGAGCAUCUGUACACAGAUGCCCGAGGAUGACACGAUUGGAGAUGAAGACUGCCUGUAUCUAAAUGUGUACACCCCCCGUGUCCGAACGAGCACACGCCCAAGGCCUUUGAUGCCAGUGCUGGUGUGGAUCCAUGGAGGAAGCUUCGUAGAAGGUUCUUCCGAAACAGAUAUUUUCGGCUCAGAACCGAUUCUCGACAAGGACAUCAUCGUGGUCACAUUCAAUUAUCGCCUGGCUUCGCUAGGAUUUAUGGGAAUUGUUGAUUUGGAAAUCAAACCCAAUCUGGGACUGAAAGACCAAACAGAAGCCUUGCGAUGGUCGAAACGAAACAUCAGAAGCUUUGGUGGAGAUGCUAAUCGAAUUACUUUGGUGGGUUGGAGUGCGGGUGCAGCAGCCGCCACAUAUCAUAUGUACACGGACGCUUCGAAAGGAUUGUUCCAACGUGUGAUAGCCAUGAGCGGCGUUAUGACACAACCGUGGGCCUAUAAUUUCAACACGCAGUGGUGUAGUAACGAAUACCUCAAGCAAAUUGAUGCGACCACUAUAGAGGAACUGAAAUCGCGAACUGCUAAAUCAAUGAUCCCUUUCAACGGGCCGAGUUUUUACUAUAGCGCUAUAAAUUAUUUGUGUUACAUGCCCAGUGAGGACUUAAUUUACGUACCACAGAAUCCUUACGAUAUGGUUCGACUGAUGCCACCUGUCAGUGACGUUCCGUUUAUGAUUGGAAUGACGAAUGUAGAGCAUCGAAAUCUGUUAUCCCGGCGUGGCUUCUACAUGACUCAAUCUAAUUAUCCGAAUGGCAAUGACACUAUCUACGAACGCAUCAAAGAUUUUCUAGAGUAUACCCGUUCAAACCGAUCUAUUGGAGUUUUCUACCGUAAACUAACAGCAGUUGCUGACUUCACGUUUGGCAUACAAUAUUUCAUCAACCACGCUGUGACACUGUUCAAAUCACCUAUCUACCGUUACCAGUUCUCAUUCGACGGUCCAUUUGGUUAUCCAAAGAAUGUGUUAUAUGAAAAUCAAAUUCGACACCCAAUAGACGGGGCCAUGCACGGUGACGAUCUCGGUUAUCUGUUCACUCCAUACAAUUACAAAGAAAUCCUUAACGAGAGCCGGUCAUGCAACGGAUCCAAUCGACUGGCUGCCAAAGCACUGAACGUGCAACGUCGCAUGGUGCGUCUAUUCACAAACUUUGUCAAAUCCAGCAAUCCAACACCGAACAAUGGCAGAAUCAAUCGCACAAUAUGGCCUCCCUAUAACGACCGGAAUCCACAGCUGGCCGGGCAAUAUCUCAACAUCGGUCAAAAACUACAGAUGAGACCAGAUAGGACUAACGAGAAUUAUUACUAUAGACUGUGGUGGACAAUAUUCGAAUGUCUAUAUUAUUACAGGUGCGAUUUUUUGGAGUCGCCGGAGCUACGAAAAGCUAAUAACGAAUAG